AUGAACAAGGUGGAUAGGGAAAUCGUGCACGCGUACCGGCACCUGUAUCGAGGUCUGCUGCACGCGGUCCAGUUCUCGUCGCCUGUCCGAUACGUGGCGCGGGACCAGCUGCGGUCGGCCUUUCGCGAGCGAGGUGCGUCAUGGAAUCCAGAAGGAGCGAAGCGGACCCUGUGGUUUCUCCACGCGGCCGCAAGGGAGACGGGUCUUGAGCACAAGAUCCUGAAGAACCUGCUGCGGGUGAGACUGCAGCAGGAACCUGUCGAAGCUCCAGCAAGAGACGGCGUUGAGCCAUUACGAAAUGACGGUGGCGAUGCUGAACAAGAGCAUGGGGCUCUGCCUGCGUUGAGCAGCGCGUCGAACUUUUGUGUGGCCCGCCGCCGACCUGUCCGCGGCCAAGGACGAGGGAAGAACGGCGACGGUCGUUAA